AUGGAGCUGAACCUGAUGUGGCAGGCCCUGCAAGGCGCCCUUGAGGACAUGCAGGCCAGCAAAUGCCACAUGGCCUGGUGUAAGCAGAAUGAAGCGUGCUCCAAGCACACACGCUCCAGAAGCCGCUAUCACCCCCUCAAACCCCAGCAGAAGUGCAGCAUGACUCAGCAUGGCCACUUGGCUGUUGCACAUGAAGACAGAGGACUGCAGAGAGACACUGGAGCCACAAGAGAACAAGACCCGCACCUGCAGCCUCUAUCCAGGAGGGAACACCCCUGGCCCCCUGCUCUCUUGCCCCUACUGCUGCUGAGGCGCGCAGAGGCAGCGUGCUCCCAGCGCUCAGAGGUGGAGGCCGUGUCCCUAGGCGUCCCCCACGAGGUGGCCGAGGGCGCCGCCUGCCAGGCCUACGAAUUGGCCGACUACAGUCGCACACAUGAGGCCUCUCCGACACCGCAGACGGGGGGCCCGAGGCGCUACAUCGCCUCCUACCUGCUGGCUGCCCUCGGGGGUAACUCCUCCCCCAGCGUCAAGGAUAUCAAGAAGAUCUUGGACAGCGUGGGCAUCGAGGCAGGCGACGACCGGCUCAACAAGGUUAUUAGUGAGCUGAAUGGAAAAAACAUUGAAGACGUCAUUGCCCAGGGUAUUGGCAAGCUUGCCAGUGUACCUGCCGGUGGGGCCGUGGCCGUCUCUGCUGCCCCAGGCUCUGCAGCGUCUGCUGCUGGCUCCGCGCCUGCUGCAGCAGAGGAGAAGAAAGAUGAGAAGAAGGAGGAGUCUGAAGAGUCAGACGAUGACAUGGGAUUUGGCCUCUUUGAUUAAAUUCCUGCUUCCCUGCAAAUAAAGCCUUUUUACACAUUUAAAA